AGAGCUCGCUUGCUCGUCCGAUCGGCGCCAGGGAAGCGAAGCCGCCAACCUUCCACACACAGAGACAGCUACCUGACCAGACCACAGCAGCUGCACGACGGUCAAGACGCUCUGCAGCCAUGGGCGACCACCAAGACGCGAGCUCGAGCGGAGAGCGCAACCCGUCCAGCCCGGCAGCGGCCAUGAGCGGCAUCGACUGGAGCAUCUUUAAGGACGGCGAGGAGGACGCCUUUGGGUGGCUGCUACGCAACAACAAUGCGUCGGCCUCCGCUGCUGCUGCUAUGAGCGCUGGUAUGAUGGGUGGAAUGGCUGCCGACAUUCUGCCGCUGGACGACAUUGAGAUGGACCGCAUGAUGGCGGCAACGUCGUCGCAGCAGGCGACCAACGGCCAGCAAGUCGGUGCUGCUACUGCUGCUCAAGGUUGCCAGCCGCUUACUGCAGCUCAGACGAACGUUCGGUUGAUGGCGGCGCAGCUGUACGAAGGACUGCGGCCCUCGCCGUCGAAGCCACCAGCGAAUCUGCUGGCAAUGCUGCCCGGCAUGCCGUCCUUCGGUAACGGUGUUGGAGGGAGCUACGAUAAAUUCGAUGACGACGAUGCGUGGGAGGACGAACUGGAGGAAAAGGAAGCCCAGGAGCAGUCAGAAGCGAAGGCGGCGCCCUCUGAAAGCGAAAAAAGUGGUCCUAAGCAAGGAAGCGGCGCUGCAUCGUCGCAGGCGAUCGAAGAGAAGGCCCCCGCUAGGACUAGGAGCACAAGGGGGAAGACCAAAGCAAAUACCGCUACUUCGGCAAAGAGCAAGCGACCUCUGAAACGUAAGAAGAGCGCACCAGCUUCGCCCACUGAAACAGGCUCGGGAACCGAAGAAGACCAGGAAAAGAAACAGCAGCGUCGUGUCAAGAACCUGGUGUCCGUACGAGAGUUCCGCAAGCGCAAGAUGAAGCAGCUCGAGCAGAACGAGGCACGGCUGCGUCGACUGGAGGCGGAGAACAUGGACUUGAAGAUGCGCCUGAAGAUCGGAAAGGAGGCCAUUUUGAGCGAGCAGCGCGAAAAGCAGCAGAUUAAGGAGCAGAUGCGGGAGAUGCUGCAGCGCAAUGCCAACGAGCAAGAAAUCGCGAAGUUCCUCAACAUGUACAAGGUCACGUACUCGGACUACGGACCCAAGCGACGCGAGAAGCUGCACUUCCACUUGUCGCGCAUCCGGGAGCUGCUGCUCCCCACACAGGUCACGAAACUAAGUUUGUAUUCGGUGGAGCAAGGUGUGGAUAUGCUCAAGCGCGAUCACGUUAUAAAGGAGGACCCGAUGUCUGCUCCUGAAUCAGCCACAGCGACGAUGAGUCUAUGGGGUAUCUUGGCGGACGAGUUGGGAGUAUCAGACGAACAGCAGCGUCAGAUUUUGGAGCGCCGAGCUGCUAUCAAGAAGGUGCGCGACGAUCUGAACCACACCUUGAGCAUCGUAAAGAAGCUGGAAGAGGUGACAGACGAGAAAAACACAGCGCUGGAAGCUCAGGUGGCGCAGCUGCAGCAGAUUCUCACGCCUUCUCAAGCCACCAAGUUUAUCAUCUGGGUCAAGGAGAACCCAGCCUUUAUGUACAUGCUGGACAAGCUGGUGGACUCCACCCUGCAGAACACAAGCAGCACAGAGGAAUGA